UUAGGGAAGGGUCAUGGAGCUGACUGGAGGGAAAUGGAGGGCAGGGACAUGGAGUGGGGGUCUGGAAGGCAAAGGGAACUAGUGGACAGGAGCAGGCCCAGGGUGUUGCAGGGAAAUAGAGACAUGUGGGGUGGGGUUGUUUAUAUGGAUCAAGGAAAGUUGCAAAUUCCCUGGGUGCAGAGAGCCAGGCUUAGAGGCCAUGCCUUAGGACCACAGGUGUGAAGAGGUGUAGAGGCCUGCUGAAGAGCAGGGUGGGUGAAGAGCUAGGAGUAGAGAGAGGAGAGAGAAAGCGGACAGGGCCAAUAGAAAGUGAAAGAGGUGAAGAGGAAGGAUUUGGGGUUUGCAGACACAAGAAUCAGCAUUUUCUUCCCGUAAGGUCUCUGCCCUGUAUUUCUACAAGCAUCAGUUUUGUUUAUCUUUCUCUUGUAGAUCUUUGUGUCCCAGAGCUCUGAAACAUGCCACCAAGUGGAGGGUUGUAUGAUUGUGAAGACCCCAUCUACUGGAGGACAGUAUUUGGUGUCUACUGGGAUGUACUCAAAGCCAAAGGAGGCAAGCAGAAAAAACUUGCCGAGUUGGAUAAGUGGUAUCAGGAGGAGCUGCCAGUUGCUAUUGCAGGGAGGAAAGAAAAAUAUCUGACACGGGCUGAAGUAGUGAAACUCAUGGAAUGGAAACUAGCACGGGGAAAGUUUCGUCCUCGUCUGCAGCAGUUGGUGGCCACUAACUCCAGUGAAACAGUGGAGAGCUGUACAAGGAAAGCUUUCCAGCUCCUUCCAGAUGUGGCAGGUGCCAUUACUGAACUGAGCCGGCUGAAGGCUGUGGGACCAGCCACAGCUUCAGCAAUUCUAGCUGCAGGAGCACCAGAGGCUGCAGCAUUUAUGGCAGAUGAAGCAGUGGAGUCUAUUCCUGGCCUCACCCCAAUUCAGUAUACCCUCAAGCAUUACAUCCUCUACCUGGACAAGAUCCAGCUUUGUGUCAUGAAACUAAACAAAGCGGAUGCAGAGACAGCAUGGACUCCUCAUCACGUGGAGAGGUGUCUCUGGGCCUGGGCCGUGGCACAGAAAUUGUGUCCUUCACUGCUGCAGACUCCAAGCUUAGGGGGAGAGAAGGCAGCUGAUGAGGUCAAUGAGGAUGUUAGACCCACAAAGAAACGGAAAACAAAGUGAAAACAUCAGCAGCAGCCAGGAACUUCACAAGCACCACUCAGUGUUUUGCCUCCUGUUUGCCAAGGUACAAGUCAAUUAAGUGACAAAGCCGAGCAAUAUUUAGAUCCCCGAAGAGUGCUUUUUCUGGGGUUGGUCAGGGAAUGGGUCAAAUUGAUGUGGUGUAGCAAGGAACAAAGGGGAGCUUUUCUGUUUGAAUCACCCCCCAUUUGGAGCCAAAAGGGCUCUUCCAAAUGGAGCUCCCUCCUGUAAGUUAUGUUCCUCAGGUUCUAACUCCUCCAGCUCUCUGCUUGGGAUGUGCAUGGAUUUUUACACUAAUUCCGUAAUAAACUUUUUAUGUUUUUUCUAUUA